AUGGAAGAUGAAGAACGCGCUCAACGUGACGCCCAUUUUCAAGAAGAGUUAGAGUAUCUGAAGACAAGUGUGGCUCGCCUCACUAGCUUACUCGAGCAAACACUAAGAAAUACCUCUGGUGAAGGUCCUUCUAACCGACCAGUCACUUUUAAUCAGACUCCAAUAACGGCUCAGCCCGAAGAAAGGAUGAGUGAACAUGGUCAAGAGCCUCAACAUAAUCCAGCAUUUGUGCAGUCAGCGACACCUGCACCAGCCCCGACAGUCAUGGAUGCAUUUGCUAACGAGUCCCACCAGGCCAAGUCAUCUGAUAGCCUUGAUCAAGAAAAGAUAGCGACGCUGGAAGCUAGAAUCAAAGUCAUUGAAGGGGUAGACUUAUAUGAUUCUGUACGGGCAGCGGAGAUGUGUCUGGUCCCAAAUGUGGUUGUCCCGAAGAAGUUUCGUGUUCCUGAGUUCAUCAAAUAUAGUGGAACACAAUGCCCUAUGACCCAUCUCAAGUCCUAUUGCAAUAAAAUGGCAGAAGUAAUCCGGAGAUGGAAAGACCUGGUGGAUGCUUUUAUCAAGCAGUAUAAGUACAACAUGGACAUUGCUCCCGACAGAACCAGCUUGUCCAAUCUAGAGAAAAGGGACAAAGAAAGCAUAAGGGAUUAUGCUCAAAGAUGGCGAGAAUCAGCUGCUCAAGUCCAUCCUCCACUUUUGGAUAAGGAGAUGGUCACUUUAUUUGCCAACACACUCAAAGCACCAUAUUAUGAGCAUGUGAUGGGUAGUUCGGCACAACAGUUCACUGACGCUGUGUUAGUGUGUGAGCGUAUAGAGCAAGGCGUCAAGAGUGGUAGAAUUUCUGCACCCACCGAGAAAAGAGGCUUCGAAAGGAAAGAUGUCAACCAUAUUGGAGACGACUAUAAGGGUAGGAAAACCUCAUACCAAAACUACCACACUCCAUCCCAAGUUGCCGACAUCAAAAAACCUGAGCCCCAAAACUUUCAAGCCAAAAGCCAAAUUGGAAAUUACCAAAGGGUCCAAGAACAACUACCUCCAUUACCGCUGCCCCUGAAUGAAAUGUACCAAAAGCUAUUAAGCAUCGGGCAUGUAGCUCCCGAACCUCUAGCGCCUUUGCAGCCACCUUACCCCGGCUGGUACAAGCCAGAGCUCACUUGUGAAUACCAUGCUGGUGUUUCUGGACAUAGUAUCCAUACUUGCAACGCCUUCAAGAGAAAACUUUUGCAAUUAAUCAAGGCAGGGUGGAUAGAAUUGGAAGACACUUCUAAUGUGAACACCAACCUUCUACCUAAUCAUGCUUAA